CUAAGUUGACUGCCGUAGUUCUGCGAGCGGCUGUGUGACGCACUAGCGCCGAACGGGCCGGAGAAUCAUACAGGCAAGAUGGCGACAUCGGAGCCGCGUGGAGCUGAACCUGAAGAAGGAUCCACUGAGACUCUUCCUGCAGUUUCCAGCCAAGAACAGUACAUUAAACACCCUUUGCAAAACAGAUGGGCCCUCUGGUAUUUCAAAAAUGACAAAAGCAAAAGCUGGACAGAAAACCUGCGACUCAUCGCCAAGUUUGACACAGUGGAAGACUUCUGGGCAUUAUACAAUCACAUACAGCAACCUAGCAAGCUUGGAUUUGGGUGUGACUAUUGUUUAUUUAAGGAUGGGAUCAAGCCCAUGUGGGAAGAUGACAGGAACAAACUGGGAGGCAGAUGGUUAAUGACCCUCAGCAAACAGCAGAGACACAACGACCUUGACCGUUACUGGAUGGAGACCCUGUUAUGCUUAAUCGGCGAGUCCUUCGACGAGGCCAGCGAUGAUGUCUGUGGAGCUGUUGUCAACGUGAGACCGAAAGGGGACAAAAUAGCCAUCUGGACUGGAAACUGCCAAAAUAGGGAAGCCAUCAUGACAAUAGGGCGGCAGUAUAGGGAACGUCUGAGUGUGCCAGACAAAGCCCUGAUUGGCUACCAGUCACAUGACGACACCUCCAGCAAAAGCGGAUCCACGACGAAGAACAUGUACACAGUUUGAGGAAGAACUGCUUUCGUUUUUCUGCCGUAGGUUUAUAAAAUUACCCAUCUGCAUCAUAUUAAUACUUUGAGUUGUCAACUACUGUAGUGUCCUUCCUUUUUAAAGAAAGAAAGAAAAAAAAUGUUUAAAUAUGUAUGAUAAUACUUCGACUUAACCGGUUGGCAAACGACAAGUGUCGGCAGGCUGACCAACGGAUGGUGAAAGGUUUCGCCCCCUAAAGGGGCGUGGCAUUAACAUGAGCCGAGACUUUUGGGAUUGAACUAGAAUUUACUGAUGAUUAAUUAUAGAUUUGGGGGAAAAAAGAAAGUGUACGACUAAUACCUGACUACCCUAGCUGAAGAGGUCGCAAGGCUUGAAUAAAUACAUAAACACCUUUCUCAGCUUUUGCUUUUCUUGAUCUCGUGCAGAACACAGAUCCACGUUUAUGAAAACAUCUCUCACUGCCAGAACAAAAGGAAAAAAAACGAACACAGGCAACUUCACCUUGCUCCGUGCAGAAACUUUAAGGCGUUUUUUGUUUGUUUUGUUUUUUAAAACUUGCUUUUGCUGAGAUGUGUUUAAAGCCAGAAGUUUCGGCAAAUCGUCAGCUAGAGUUGAAGCUCACAGAUUUUAGGUCGGCCAGCUGUGGCGUCAGCAGCAGGUUUCAAACUCGAUCGCGACCGUUUCACGUGUUCCGCUGAAAUCGAGGAUACUUGCGUUGUAGGACUAUAUUGAUUUUUUUCCCCUCCCCAGAUUAUUUAUGAUGAAAGAAUUGCGGGUUGAUCUAAGUUGGAGGGCAAUCAUGAAAUUCAAGUCCUUAGUUUUGACCCCCCAGGACGUUAACAAUGUGGACUGUGGCUUUAUGAUAUUUUAUACCGUUACUGAAACAGUUAUGAGCUUGGACAUCCAUGCUUUUAGGGGUGCUUCUCACUGUUACCUUCCCAAAAAUAUUGCUGCCAUUCACCUGGUCACGCUCCAUUUCAAGGUUACUGCGAACAGAACGAAUAUCCAUCAUGACAUGAUUUUGCUCUCUAUGUAUCUUUAUUAUCUGUAUUUCCAGGAUGUAUAUUAAG